UUUUUUUUUUUUUUUAAAGGUGUUCUUUUUUUUUAUGUGUAUGAGUGGUCCCCUACAUGUAUAUUUGUAUGUGCGCCAAAUGUGUGCCCUGAUGCCUAAGGAAACCAGAAGAGGACAUCAAAUUCCCUGGACCUGGAGUUGCAGAUAGUUAUUCAGAGCCAUGGAGCUCAGCGAUGCAAAUUUGCAGACACUAACAGAGUAUUUGAAGAAAACUCUGGAUCCUGAUCCCGCCAUUAGACGUCCAGCUGAGAAAUUUCUUGAAUCUGUAGAAGGAAAUCAGAAUUACCCACUGUUGCUUUUAACAUUACUGGAAAAGUCACAGGAUAAUGUCAUUAAAGUAUGUGCUUCAGUAACCUUCAAGAACUAUAUUAAAAGGAACUGGAGAAUUGUUGAAGAUGAACCAAACAAGAUUUGCGAAGCUGAUCGAGUAGCUAUUAAAGCCAACAUUGUUCAUCUGAUGCUGAGCAGCCCGGAGCAGAUUCAGAAGCAGUUGAGUGAUGCUAUUAGCAUCAUUGGCAGAGAAGACUUCCCUCAAAAAUGGCCUGACUUGUUGACAGAAAUGGUUAAUCGCUUUCAGAGUGGAGAUUUCCAUGUUAUUAAUGGAGUCCUUCGCACAGCACAUUCACUAUUUAAAAGAUACCGUCAUGAGUUUAAGUCAAAUGAGCUAUGGACUGAAAUUAAACUUGUCUUGGAUGCCUUUGCUUUGCCUUUGACUAAUCUGUUUAAGGCUACCAUUGAACUCUGCAGCACCCAUGCAAACGACGCCUCUGCCCUGAGGAUUCUUUUUUCUUCCUUGAUUUUGAUCUCAAAAUUGUUUUAUAGUUUAAACUUUCAGGAUCUCCCUGAAUUUUUUGAAGACAAUAUGGAAACUUGGAUGAACAAUUUUCAUACCCUCUUGACACUGGAUAAUAAGCUCCUACAAACUGACGAUGAAGAGGAAGCAGGUUUAUUGGAGCUUUUAAAAUCUCAGAUUUGUGAUAAUGCUGCUCUCUAUGCACAAAAAUAUGAUGAAGAAUUUCAGCGGUACCUGCCUCGUUUUGUCACAGCCAUCUGGAAUUUACUAGUUACAACAGGUCAAGAGGUUAAAUAUGAUUUGUUGGUAAGUAAUGCAAUUCAAUUUCUGGCUUCAGUUUGUGAAAGACCACAUUAUAAGAAUCUGUUUGAGGACCAGAACACGCUGACAAGUAUCUGUGAAAAAGUUAUUGUACCUAACAUGGAAUUUAGAGCUGCUGAUGAAGAAGCAUUUGAAGAUAAUUCUGAGGAGUACAUAAGAAGGGAUUUGGAAGGCUCUGAUAUUGAUACUAGACGCAGGGCUGCUUGCGAUCUUGUACGAGGAUUAUGCAAAUUUUUUGAAGGUCCUGUGACAGGAAUCUUCUCUGGUUAUGUUAAUUCUAUGCUUCAGGAAUAUGCAAAAAAUCCAUCUGUCAACUGGAAACACAAAGAUGCAGCCAUUUACCUUGUUACAUCUUUGGCAUCAAAAGCUCAAACACAGAAGCAUGGAAUCACACAAGCCAAUGAACUAGUAAACCUAACUGAAUUUUUUGUGAAUCACAUACUUCCUGACUUAAAAUCAAAUAAUGUGAAUGAGUUUCCUGUGCUUAAAGCUGAUGGUAUCAAAUACAUUAUGAUUUUUAGGAAUCAAGUACCAAAAGAGCACCUUUUAGUCUCUAUUCCUCUCUUGAUUAGUCAUCUGCAGGCUGAAAGUAUUGUUGUUCAUACGUACGCGGCACAUGCUCUUGAAAGGCUGUUUACUAUGAGAGGGCCAAAUAAUGCUACUCUUUUUACAGCUGCAGAAAUCGCACCGUUUGUUGAGAUUCUGCUAACAAACCUUUUCAAAGCUCUCACACUUCCUGGCUCUUCAGAAAAUGAAUAUAUUAUGAAAGCUAUCAUGAGAAGUUUCUCCCUCCUGCAAGAAGCCAUAAUCCCCUAUAUCCCUACUCUCAUCACUCAGCUCACACAGAAGCUGUUAGCUGUUAGUAAGAAUCCCAGCAAACCUCAUUUCAAUCAUUACAUGUUUGAAGCAAUAUGCUUGUCUAUAAGAAUAACCUGCAAAGCUAAUCCUGCUGCUGUUGUGAAUUUUGAGGAGGCUCUAUUCUUAGUGUUUACUGAAAUAUUACAAAAUGAUGUGCAAGAAUUUAUCCCAUAUGUCUUCCAAGUGAUGUCUUUGCUUCUGGAAACACAUAAAAAUGAUAUCCCAUCUUCAUAUAUGGCCUUGUUUCCCCACCUCCUUCAGCCAGUGCUCUGGGAACGAACAGGCAACAUCCCUGCUCUAGUGAGGCUGCUCCAGGCAUUCUUAGAACGAGGCUCAAGUACAAUAGCAAGUGCUGCAGCUGACAAAAUUCCUGGGUUACUGGGUGUCUUCCAGAAGCUGAUUGCAUCCAAGGCAAAUGAUCACCAAGGUUUCUACCUUCUCAACAGUAUAAUUGAGCACAUGCCUCCGGAGUCAGUUGACCAGUACAGAAAGCAGAUUUUCAUUCUACUAUUCCAGAGACUGCAAAACUCCAAGACCACCAAGUUUAUCAAGAGUUUCUUAGUGUUUAUUAACUUAUAUUGCAUUAAGUAUGGGGCACUAGCAUUACAAGAAAUAUUUGAUGGCAUACAACCAAAAAUGUUUGGGAUGGUUUUGGAAAAAAUCAUUAUUCCAGAGAUUCAGAAGGUAUCUGGAAAUGUGGAGAAAAAAAUCUGUGCAGUUGGCAUAACCAAAUUACUCACAGAGUGUCCGCCAAUGAUGGACACUGAAUACACUAAGCUGUGGACUCCCUUGUUACAAUCUUUGAUUGGCCUUUUUGAGUUACCUGAAGAUGACACCAUUCCAGAUGAAGAACAUUUUAUUGACAUAGAAGACACGCCAGGAUACCAGACUGCCUUCUCACAGCUGGCAUUUGCUGGUAAAAAAGAACAUGACCCUGUAGGUCAGUUGGUGAACAACCCCAAAAUCCAUCUGGCACAGUCACUUCACAAACUGUCUACUGCCUGUCCAGGAAGGGUUCCCUCGAUGGUGAGCACCAGCCUCAAUGCAGAAGCCCUGCAGUACCUCCAAGGCUACCUGCAGGCGGCCAGUGUGACCCUGUUGUGAACUGCUUCUUCCUGACCCCAUGGGCCCAGGAUGCUUUCUUAGGAACCAUGUGGACUCCUUAGCAGAGCUCUGCUGAAACAUCACAGGUUUUCAACCGCUUGGGUUUGUCACAAACUCUAUCUUACAGAGGAUAGUAAAUACUGCUGUAAGCCAAUGAGGUGGUUUCUGUUGAUCACCGACAUAACUGGCAACUUGUCUGGCUUGUCCUUCAUGGGGCAAGUCUUUACAGUGCCAUGUGCGGCAAUGGUCUCUAUUGAGCAUUUGCACGGUUUUGGAUUAUUUCAAAUUUUUGGCAGACCUUGACUGUGGAGACUUAUUUGUUUCUAAGCCAUUUUGUUUUAAAGCACAUUUUUCCCUCAUCCUUUGUAUUUUUUGUCUGUUUCUUUUAAGCUUUUAUUGGAAAUGUGAAAAAGUAAAGAAUUACUUGUUGACUUGCCAAGCAAUGCACAUUUUGUAGUUUAAAGUCUGUAAUCAGCAAUAAAGCCCAAAAUGUGUAUCUAAGAGUGUCUUCAGGACAGGAUUUUGGUGCUGAGAAUUUGAUAAAAAUGAAGAAUUUUCUUUAAAUGCCUUCACUUUCCCAAAAUAUUUUCCCAUAAACUAUUUUUUAAAAAUCAUUUAAAUUCAGAAUGAUGGGUUUUAUCAUUUUUUUUUUAAGGUGUAGGCAAAGCAUCAUUCAUACAAAUUUGGGGGCGUGUCUACAAGAGCUUGUUAGUGAUUCCCAUUAGGGGAGAAAAGCUGCCAGGCAUGGGCUGGGUGAGCUGGGCAAGGCCUGCAGGCCAGGGUAGGACUAUAGUGUCCACACUGCAGUUUCUGCUAAAGGGAACUGUCCGUUCAUUGUUCGUAACCUGGAAUUUCUUUCUUUACGGAAAUUGUGGAGAGCUUGCGAAAUGUGUUUAUUUUGCACUCCCUUCUUUCCUGUGCCCCCGCCCAACCUGAUGCUUUUUCCUGUGUGUAUUCUUCACAUUGCUUGGUAGGUUUCGAAAACAUUUUUCUGCCAUUUUACCUUUGUGUGCCUCUUUGUGAAUUAAUGUACACCACAUGUGUGCAGUGCCUGGGGAGGCCAGAAGAGGCUCUCAGGUCUCUGGGAGCAUCGUGGCUUGGGACCCAAACCCAGGUCCUGAAAGGGCAACACAUGCUCUUAACCACUGACCCUCCUCUCCAGCAUCCAUCUUGCAUUUUUAGAUUUCAUUGCUGCUGCCCUUUAAACAGCCAUGGAAAUGUUAAAUUUUAGUAUUUUGGCCUUAGAAUUCUGUUGGCUUUUGAGAUGUGGUCCCUAUUGUAGCCCUAGCUGUCCUGGAACUCACCUGCCUUUGCCUCAUGAGUAUAUUACUAAUUGUAAAAAGACAGGAAGGUGGGAAGAUGACAGUGUAUGGGUGGAGCUCAGAGUCUUGGCUCUUGCAGGAUGUUCUGGAGCAGAUUCCACAGGUGCAGAAGAGAUGUUACAGAGUCAGGUUCCUUUCAGACUUAACUGUUAAAAUUCAGUGUUCUCCAGAUUCUUCAGUUCUUUCUGUAGCUAGUAAUUUUCAUUUUAUGGGUGUGUGUCUGUUGUGCCUGGAGCUCCUGUAGAGUUCAGAAGAGAGCUUCGGGACUGUCCGCUAAAUAAAUAGAAGGCAGUAAUAUAUUUUGCUGCCUUCUAUUUAUAGCUCAUGUGUGUAGGCACAGUACACCACAGCAUGUGUGGGUUCUCUUCUACCAUUCAAGUCCUCAAGCUGAACGCAUGCUGGUUUGGUAUGCUUGGUUGCAAGUGCCUUUACUCAUAGCCAUUCUCAACCUGUGGGUCACAGUUCCUUUGUGGGUCACAUAUCAGAUAUUUAUGAGUCACAAUGGCAGCAAAAUUAGUUAUGAAGUCUCAACAGAACAGUUUUAUGGUUGGGGGUCAGCACAACCUGAGGAACUGUAUUAAGGUCAGAGUAUUAGGAAGGUUAAGAACAACUACAUUAGACAAUCUUGAUACCCUGUUUAAUCUUUUGUUGUUGACAGGAUUCUGGUAUAGAUGCCUAAUCUGGUUUUUAGACUAUUUACCUACCCUGCGCAAGGCCCUGGCUUCCAUUCCUAGCAUGAGAGGGCAUGGGGAACAGACAAAUAGAGGUGGUUUGAGUUACAGGUAUGCAGUGGCUGUCACCUGUAGCAGGUGAGUUGGCCUCUCAUUGCCUGUGUGGGGGUGAGAUCAUCAGUAUGGCUACAGGUGUAAGACGAACUAGAAUGCACAGACCUUUGAAGCAGAGCACCUGUGGGAAGCAGCACUGAGUGUGAUAGUGAGCCUCUGCUCACAGCCCUGCCUUCACCUGCCCACACACUGCACUUAAUAAGCACCACCACCCCCUCUUCUUGAUACCAUAGCCCUGACACAGAAAAAGCCUGAUUCUAUGCUCCUGUCUUUUUCUGAAAAUAGACUUUUUAAAAGUAAGCCUGGAUUUCACCAUUUCCAUUAGACUGGCUGACCCUGUCUCCACCUGCAGUCUGGAGACCAGAACUCAGGUUUACUCAGAGACAUCUCCCUGGUCCUGAUAGUGUAAGUUUCACACUUACUAUGUUUUUCCCUAGACCAACAAGUCUUUAUAUGGUUUCCUACUUUUUACCUUUACACAUUUAAUGCUUGUCAGGGAUAUCAGGGAUAUGAUGCUAUCAGGAAGUCAGGGCAGUGCUCAAAGUACACAGCAGCAGCUGCCAGCUGUAUUUCUGCCCCUAAAACAUCAUAUCCCAUGAAUGCCACACUGGGGCAUCAUGGGCCUUUUUCCAUAAGCAUCCUUACACUGGGGCUGUUUCCAGAAGGUACAGUUAUUUCAGUUUCCUUAAGCCUGCACUCAUGGGGCAGUCUUUUGUCGAUUUUCUUUUUUUGGCUUGGCUUGGUCAGUUCUUGUUUUUCUUUUUUUUCUCUAAUGCUAAGAAUCAGACCUAGAAACUCUUAUCAGGCUAACUUUCCCAGCCCUUGUUUUCCAAAAGGAUACUAGAAAGGAACUGGGCAUCUAUUCAAACCAUUCCACGUGUGCUGUGAAGUUUUAUCAGCAAGUUUUCCCCCUAUUUCUUCUUUUGUGCAGAUAUUUCUACCUAUCCUGCCCUUGCAUCUCCCUCACUAUUUCAUUUUCUCCUUCCUUUUUAUUUAAAUGGGGGAGGAAGCACUACAUAGUGUCUGUGGAGGUCACAGAACAAUUUGUGAGGGUCUAGUCUCCUCUUCUACCAUGUGAGUCUCAAAUCUUUUAGGUACCUAUAUGCACUGUGCCAUCUUGUGGGUGGGCUAACUCCUGCUAUGAAACACAAGAUUUAGCCACAAGAGUGCACCUGUUCCCAUAACUUGCCAGGCAUGUCACUGUACACCAUCAUUCUAGGACCCUAGAUGGGGCAGGAGAGUCAUCAGGGGUCCAAGGUAAGCCAGAGAUGGGUAGUCUUAAGACUUGUUUUUAGUGCCUGUCUAUUUGUGCCAGGAAUGUACAGUGCCCUCAGAAACCUGAAGAGGGUGUCAGAUCCUCUGGGAUUGGAGUUAUAGUUGAGAGCUCUACAUGGUGGGAGUUGAAUCCAGGUCCCCAGUCUCUCCAGCUCAUGCUCACACUAUUUGGAUGCUCAAUCUGCUUAAUUUAGUUUUGCCUUCGUUAUUACCAUCUUCUCCUGGGGUCUCAUUGUCUUGGUUUUCACAUCCAAUCCCUCAGGAAUGCUCUUUAUUCAGCUAACUUGUGGCCCCUUAAGUUUGUUGCUGUGGCUCCCACUUGAGUCUCCUUCCAGUGUCCUGGGGUGCCGAUCCAUUUCCCUGCUUGAGGCAUGUUUUGCUGGUUGUGUCCCUUUUUGUGCCCUGUUAAGUGCAUGCUUAACCCAAAACCAAUAAUGCACUAAGCUUUUAAGAAACUGACUAGGUGCUGGGCUAUGAUGGUACAUGCCUUUAAUCCUAACAGGCCAGCCUGGUCUACAGAGCAUGUUCAGAACAGCCAGAGCUGCACAGACAAACAAAAAUACACAACAAAAAAAUACAAACCUGACCUGGUUACACAGCUGGAGACAGAUAGCCUCCAGAGCUGUUGUCACUCUGGCUGAACAGAACGUAGGAGGCAGUUAGUAAGAGCACUUUGCUGUUAACUGUUUGCUGGUGAAAGGAUGCUGGUCCUCUGUCCUCCUCUUUCUACUUCAUAAAGCCUCCUUUCAUGGGAGAAUAGCCCAGGGAAUGUAACUAGAGAUUAUAUGGUGAAUUGAUACUGGCUGCUCCAGAUGUGGAAAUUGACUCCAUUUGGCUGGGCAAUGCUGGCUCACACCUUUAGUCCCCAGCAUUCGGGCAGAGCAAGUUCAAGGCCUACCUGUUUUACACAGAGAACUGUCUUCAAAACCAAAACAAACAAAAACCCUUCUGUAUUGCUUUUAUUGCUGUAAGAGUAAGACUACCAAAGCAGUGCCUGUGUGUGGCCAGCAUGCCUACACUCAGAAGUAAUAGUGCCUUAAAAAUUAUAAUCUGCUGUGAUCUCGAGCUCUGUAAAAGUGUAUGUUUUAUUUUGUAUGACAUUAAAAUACUUCUGAACGCA